CUCACCUUCUCAGAGGGCUUGAUCAUUCACUCUCAUCGCGGAGUGGACCUUGGUAUCGUACUAACGUUUGCAACGCACUAACCUGUUCCUCCCCAGCAGCACCAUUAUGCAGACGUCUGCUGAGUUUGUCACCCUUCCGCUCGCUAAAUUCUCAGUGGCCGACGAUGCCGGUGCUACAGCGGAUAAGUUCAACUGGAGACACGCUUCCCAAGACCUUGUCGUAGUCUUUGAUACUUUCAGGGGGGUUGAGGCCGGAUCCGGUCCUCUUCUACAGACGAUGAAAGUACAUCAAGGCACACGGGUCUUGGUAAGAGCUCCUCCACCAUCUCUUCUAUUGUGAACCUUGGAACAUGGCUUAUAUCGUUUAUGAAUUUCUAACAAGCAAUUGCAGGAAUCGGUUGAUAUCCAGAGGAAAGUCAACGAAUCACUUGAAAUCAUUGAAACUAUGCGCCGCUUGAAUGUUGAAGUCAGAAAUGAACAGCUACCCAUCUCAGCACUUGUUCGCAGUCCCUUAUUUGCUGUGCGCUAUAACCUGCCCAACGGAAAGAUCCGACGAAUGCAGCUCAAGUUCGCCUCUGGCCACGACUUCGACACAGCGAUCAACCAUGUUCGUAAGCUGGGGCUUCGCAUUAGCUCGAGUUCAUCUCCCCAACCCUCAUCCAUAUCUGCUCCCCCUGGUCCCAGUACCGUAGUCAAUCCCUCGGCACCUCCAGAGAUCCCCAGUCCAUCGCGGAUACCAGUGACGGGCCAGUAUCAAACUACGAUUUCGACACCACCCUCUUCCUCAGGCCAUCAAGUUCAGCGGGCGUCCACUUUACCUACCCAAGCCCACCCCUAUGUCCUACAAAACCGAGACAGAGAUCGUCCAGCAUCCGCCUACUCGGCUCCAGGAAAUCGAGAGAGCACCUUUCCUCUCCUCCCAAAACUGGCCCCGCCCGAUCCACUCGUGCCUCCUGAAUACUUUCUCAGGCCAGCUACCUCAUCAUCAGACCUUAUUACACCAUCAUCAAGCAGGAUGCUGAGAGGGGAACAUUUCCUUCACUCCCUAUCUUCAUCACCAAGACCUAGCCCGUCAUCAAGCAGCAUCGUGGGCGAAGCGCGCGAGCGUUUCUCGGGCCUUGCUCCAAUACAAGAGGACGAAGCCUUGUCGCCGUCCCGACCUGGAACUACCCUCCUGUUUUCUCAUCAUGACACGAAUAAGACGGAUCUGUCAUGCAGACGAGAGCUUCCUUUGGAGCAAUCGUCAUCAUCAAGGUUGCCUAGUAGCGAUACAGCGCAGUCUGCCCAUCGUCCAAGCACAGCAAUGGAACCUCCAGAAUUACCACUCCCAGCCCGUACGAUCCCUAGGGCCUUGAAUGCAGCAAGCAGAUCAUCAAGUCGAGCAAUGGAUCUACCUCCUCUCCCCCAGCCAACAUUUAUUGAGGACACAAACAAAUUAGCAAAAGUCCAGCGAACGCCGCUCAACGCAUCAUUUGACAACGACGUACGACCGCUCAGCCCUACAUCUCAAAACGCUCGUCAAAUUCCAUCCACGGCAUCCUCUCCAUUAUGCUCGUCCAGCUCAGACACUGCACGUCAAAAGCGCGUCAUUUCGCAAAUGUCAGAAACGACAGCUAGUCAUGCCGAUAACCUUGCGGCGUACGCGUCGCAGUCACAGGAAGAGCGUAUUGCCGCCUUGAACGACUUUAUGAUGAAUCAGCUUGACGAUGACAACUUCGUGACCCUGGUAGAAGAUGUCUCCAUAUGUUGGGCACGAAUUGCAUUGGGUCUGGAAUGAGCAGGUGGCUGACGAUCA